AUGUUAAAAUAUGCAUAUCUUAUAAUCAUAAAAUAUUUUGCACUGACCAAGGGCAGUCCAAUCACUCCUUUGUGCCCAAAAGGAUACUUUCCCUGUGGGAAUCUUACCAAGUGCUUACCCCGUGCUUUCCACUGUGACGGUGUGGAUGACUGCGGGAACCAGGCUGACGAGGAGGGCUGUGGAGACACUAGUGGAUGGGCGACCAUAUUUGGCACAGUCCAUGGAAAUGCUAAUUAUGUGGCAUUAACACAGGAGUGCUUUCUAAACCAGUAUCCACAACCCUGUGACUGUGAAGGAACUGAAUUGGAAUGUGUAGAUAUCGGCUUAACGUCUGUGCCACUGAUUUCCAGCAAUACGACAUUACUGUCUCUUAAGAAAAACAAAAUUCAAAGUCUUCCAGAUAAAGUUUUCAUCGAAUACACAGCACUUAAACAGAUAUUUCUUCAGCAUAAUUGUAUAACACACAUAUCACGGAAAGCAUUUUUUGGAUUACGUAACCUGCAAAUAUUAUAUCUCAGCCACAACUGUAUUACAACUCUCAGACCGGGAGUAUUCAAAGACUUACAUCAGCUAACUUGGCUAAUUCUAGAUGACAAUCCAAUAAUCAGAAUUUCCCAGCGGUUGUUUACUGGACUAAAGUCCUUGUUUUUCCUGUCUAUGGUUAAUAACCACUUAGAAGCCCUUCCCAAACAGAUGUGUGCCCAAAUGCCUCAACUCAACUGGAUGGAUCUGGAAGGCAAUGGAAUAAAAUAUCUUACGAAUUCCACCUUUCUGUCAUGCAAUUCACUCACAGUGCUGUUUCUGCCUAGAAAUCAAAUUGAUUUUGUUCCAGAGAAGACAUUUUCUUCAUUAAAAAAUUUAGGAGAACUGGACCUAUCUAGCAAUAUGAUAAUGGAGCUACCAGCCCACAUUUUUAAAGAUCUGAAGCUUCUACAGAAACUGAAUCUUUCGUCCAAUCCUCUUUUGUAUCUCCACAAGAACCAGUUUGAAAGUCUUAAACAACUUCAGUCUCUAGACCUGGAAAGGAUAGAGAUUCCAAAUAUAAAUACACGGAUGUUUCAACCCAUGACAAAUCUUUCUCACAUUUAUUUCAAAAACUUUCGAUACUGCUCCUAUGCUCCCCAUGUCCGCAUAUGUAUGCCCUUGACUGACGGCAUUUCUUCAUUUGAGGACCUCUUGGCUAACAAUAUCCUCAGAAUAUUUGUCUGGGUUAUAGCUUUCAUAACCUGCUUUGGAAAUCUUUUUGUCAUUGGCAUGAGAUCUUUCAUUAAAGCUGAAAAUACGACUCACGCUACGUCCAUCAAAAUCCUGUGUUGUGCAGACUGCCUGAUGGGUGUGUAUUUGUUCUUCAUUGGCUCUUUUGAUAUAAAAUACCGUGGGCAGUAUCAGAAGUAUGCAUUACUGUGGAUGGAGAGCUUACAGUGCCGCCUCAUGGGAUUCCUGGCCAUGCUGUCCACCGAAGUCUCCGUCCUGCUGCUGACAUACUUGACUCUGGAGAAGUUCCUGGUCAUUGUCUUUCCCUUCAGUAACAUUCGUCCUGGAAAAUGGCAAACCUCGGUCAUCCUCAUUUGCAUCUGGAUUAUGGGAUUUUUAAUAGCUGUGAUUCCAUUUUGGAAUGAGGAUUAUUUUGGAAACUUUUAUGGAAAAAAUGGCGUAUGUUUCCCACUUUAUUAUGACCAAACAGAAGAUAUUGGAAGCAAAGCUUAUUCCCUUGGAAUUUUCCUAGGUGUGAACUUGCUGGCUUUUCUCAUCAUUGUGUUUUCCUAUAUUAUUAUGUUCUGUUCCAUUAAAAAAACUGCCUUGCAGACUUCGGAAGUGAGGAAUCACAUUGGAAGAGAGGUGGCUGUUGCAAAUCGUUUCUUUUUUAUAGUGUUCUCUGAUGCCAUCUGCUGGAUUCCUGUAUUUGUAAUUAAAAUUCUCUCCUUCUUCCGGGUGGAAAUACCAGGCACAAUCACCUCCUGGAUAGUCAUUUUUUUUCUUCCAGUAAACAGUGCCUUGAACCCAAUCCUCUACACUCUCACAACCAGCUUUUUCAAGGAUAAGCUGAAACAGCUGCUGCACAAACAUCGGAGGAAAUCAAUUUUCAAAACUAAAAAGAAAAGUAUCUCUACAUCCAUUGUGUGGGCAGAUGACUCCUCUUCACUUAAACUUGGGGUUCUGAACAAAAUAACCCUUGGGGAUGGUAUAGUGAAACCAAUUUCCUAG